AUGAAUUUUAAGUCUCCAAAACUACUUUAUGCCUCACAAGGAGGGUAUGAAACUUUCCCUAUAUCAAGUUACAGCUUUCCAAGUGACUUCACAGACCAGAAGUCCCACUUAUAUAAGGAGUUAUCGAAAAGUAUUGAAUACAAAUGUGAUAUAGAGCCUACUGAAAAAAUAUCUACAAAUAAAUAUGUUUGGUCAAACAACAGUGCAACUGAUGACGAUGAAAUUCUUAUGGAGGAACUCUUGCUUGAUCUAUGGUUAUUACUUUCUAAGUUGAAGGAGAAAAUAUUUGUCACUGAUACAAGCGAUGAUAAACAAUCAAUAAUAAAUAUAAUUCAAGUAUGCAUAUCAAUUGGUGAACGUCUAGGAAAUGAAAUCGAAAAAAGCUGUAUGUCUUCUGUAUCUAUAUGCCCUUAUAUUAAUAGGCACUUUCUUAUAUAUAGCUGGUUUUCCUAUUGGAAAUAUGACCAAUUGAGAAAUAAAAUUUCAUUAAGGGAUACAAUCAUAGAUAAACUACAAGGCUUUAAAAUAUUUAUUGAAAUUGAAAAUAAAUCAACCUCUAGAAUUUGGCAUAAAUGCGACUUUUAUUGUGCACGUCUUUUAAAAUAUUCUAAUGAUUUUCAUGUUUUAUCUAAAUAUGCUAAUAAACUAUUCAAUAUUGCACUCUCACUAGGCAUAUGGCCACCAUCUAAACAGCUAUAUUUGACGAAUAUUAAUAAUAAGCUGAUUUUGUAUACUGAAAGUAAUUCGUUACAUUGUCGUGAAGAAGAAUGUCAAACAUUAGCAGAAUACUCCUCUAGCUUAGAGGAUUUAUUAUUACCAGAACUUCUAUGUGCUACCAAAGAAGGAAAUCGCAUUUUUUCUGAGCAAGCUUUGGUGGAAGUCAAUUGUAAAAAUGAGAGUAUUAAUAGAGUUAGCUUGAUUGAUUUAACCCAACAUGGGAAUUUUAACAGAUCAUCAAUUAUUGUCGAAGAUACUCAAUACAAAUCCUUAGCUGAGUGUAAAAAUAAAAUGGAAUCUUUGAAGCAUUCAAUGAUUCAUAUACAUGAAAUUCAAGUGGAACUUCAAAGCUUAUUGUUGGAAAGCACUGGAGAAAUUGAUUGUAUUGAAGAACAGACAGCUCUUGCUCAGAUGAACUCUGCUCAAGGUGUUUGUUAUGUUGCACAAGGAUGUAAAUAUAAAUCUAAAUGGUGGCCAUUUCAUGGUUCAACUGCUGGUAUUGUAUGUGGAGGAGCUGCAGGAAUUUUAUUAGGCCCAAUAGGCAUGACAAUUGGUGCAGCUGUUGGAGGUACUGUAGGACUUACUAUUGGCUCAUUACUACGCUCGAAACACGAAUCUAAAAUGGAUGAAAUCCUCAAGACUUGUGAGAAGAGAAAAUCUAAAAGUCACACACAAUUUAAAAGACAGUCUUCUAAUAUUAAGGAUGAGAAAUCUAAAGUAAUACCUGGCGGGAGUCCCAUGUACUUAGAAAAAGGUCACGCUCUUACUGAUUCAUACAAUAAAUAUAUACUUAAAUCUUCUUUAAGUCACAUCAUUGAUAACUGUGAAAUUUUUCCAUUAACUUAA